UCUGUGAAACCGUUUGGGAAACGUGCGGUGCCCAAGAAGCCGUGGGAAAAAGACAUCGCUACUGUAGAGACGACGGAGAAGCCAUCUGUAGUCGACUCUGAAUUUCCGCCGUUGGACGAUGCCGCGUCCCCUGAGGCAGAGGCCGAGCCUGUAAGCAAAGAAACGUAAAGUUAUACAUUUUGAGCACCACGAAAGGUUUAGUAGGAAACAUGGAUGGUGUUGGAGGGGGAGGAUAUAGGGGUAUAAUGCUGGUGAAGUACUGCAGAGUCAAUAGCGUCAAACAUAAUAUUGCAAGCCCGGCACGGGAAUGUUUCGUUCGCGAGUUCACACAAAGCAAUAAAGGGGACCAAGUUACUUGUAGAAGAAACAUUUCUAGGGAACUACCUAAUGCUUGUUGGGACUGCCACAGAUGCUGUCCAAGCUGGACCAAGGCCGCACUCCAAAGUCUCCGGAAUGUGAUACAUAACUACAUACAAUCAUCGUCUUUGACUUUUGGUCUGAUAUACCAUGCUUGCCUAGUUGUCCAUCCUCGCCAUCCUCCGGGUUGCCCAGUUCGAAUUUCGAUGAGACUAAAGGAGUAUCAAAGGGGUAUGUGGAUGUGUCGAUGGACCGCCAUGUAUAGAUGCGAGCAUUCUGGCUGGGCUUCGCGAUGCAACUCCAACGCCCACUUGGGGUUUCGAGGUCACACUGACGCACCUCCAUAUCGCAAAAUCCGUAACCAUGAAGUGUCCAAUGCACUCAGACAAGUGAUAACCUGCCGAGCGUAGGAUGACAGCUGAUUUGUAAAUUAAUGGCCGAGGAAGAUGUUUCGUAAGCACGGACAAAUGAGGUGGUGCAAUGACUUCGUCAAAGUUGAGGGAAAUCGG